CACAGGUGUUCACCAGUCUUCAAAGACACGCGAGAGGGGUGCCCAUCGUUUUGGCGGUCCUGAAUUCCUUUUAUUUGUUCCUUGUUGCUGUGAUUUCGUUCUCUCUCUCUCUCCUUCGUUCGACCCAAUGGAGAAGAUUGGUACCUCCGAAUCUGAACUGGAAAAUCUAUUUAAUGAGAAGAAGCGCACCAAGAAUCCUUUUGUCCCUAUAGGUGCACUUUUAACCGCAGGGGUUCUCACAGCCGGCUUGAUCAGUUUUAGACAGGGGAACUCUCAGUUGGGUCAGAAGCUAAUGAGAGCACGGGUGGUUGUCCAAGGUGCCACAGUUGCUUUGAUGGUUGGCACUGCUUAUUACUAUGGGGAGAAGUUUUAAUAUCUGUAGAACAUAUAACUGCUUCUUGAAUGUGAUUUUCUUCUAUUAACCUUUCCUCGCAGAUAUAUAUUUUUUUAGAGACUGUGGAGGAUCAUUAUCCUUCUUGUUGAGGAAAAGAAAACAUAUUUUUGUAUUUGGUUCAUCUUACGACAUUCUGGCCCUUGAUGGGGCUUUGCUUGUUUGUUUCUUUGUACAAUAAAGUCAUCAAUUGAGUAGGAGAAAUGGCUUUCAUAGAGUGAUUUUGAAUA